GAAGUCUGCUUGAAAAGAAGAGGGAAAAAGUUUCGUUUCUCUGCUCCAUCCACUUUCGUUUCCUGAGCGCCCUGAAGACGAAGCAGAAGACUUUCCUUAGAAGAGAUCCAGCAGAGAAGCAGAUCCUCCUGCCGGUGGGGAUUCCCGAUUCCCUCCAACCAGUGCUGAUCCUUGCAUCCCGGCUGGAAGAACUCCAACAGGGCAGUAUUUCCUCCCAACAGCAGUGUAAGAACCUUAAAACAACCCUUCCCCUUCAAGAAAGUCAAGUGCCAGCAAAGUACCAGCAAAGAAAACAACAACAACAACUCCGGAGCUCCUCAGGGACAGGCACCAGAAGUGUCAACAACACACAAGAACCAAGCAUGGCCGUGGCCGAAGACGCCAUCGAGAUUCCAGCCCUGGGCCGCCCCUUCCAGCUGGGGAUGUUUUAUGACUGUCGCAAGGAUGCCCUCAUCCCAGGGGUCACCCUUUGGGACCACAGCUCUCUUCAGAAGGACCUGACAACCAAGCCUCAGCCCAAGACAGCAACUGAAAUCAUUGCAUCUGACAGCAUUGAUGACAAGACCUCUGCCCUGGACAUCUCAGGAUCCCUCGAGGCCAGUUUUCUUGCGGGGCUGAUUGAUGUGAGAGGGUCAGCAGAGUAUCUUCAUGACACCAAGAAGUCCAAGAAACAGGCCAGAGUCACUGUUCAGUACAAAACCACCACCAGGUAUGAACAGUUGACAAUGAGCCACCUAGGAAUCCAGAAUGUCUCAACCAUCUUUGAGCAGGGCACAGCUACCCAUGUGGUCACUGCCAUCCUCUAUGGAGCCCAGGCCUUCUUUGUGUUUGACCGAGAAGUUCCUUCAACGGAGAUGGUAAAAAAUAUGGAAGAAAAUCUCCAUGUUACAAUUAAGAAGAUGAUAUCCGCCACAGGAGAAGCAGAGGUCAAGCUAAAUGAAGAAGAGAGAGAGAAUGCUUGGAUGUUCAGUUGCACAUUCCAUGGAGACUUUUCCCUGGACAAAAAUCCAGUGACUUUCCAAGAUGCCAUGAAAGUUUAUGAAACUCUCCCAAAAAUGUUAGGGGAACAUGGGGAGAAGGCUGUGCCUAUGAGGGUCUGGCUCUACCCGCUGACCAAACUGGACAGCAGAGCAGCUAAGAUGGUCCGUGAGAUCAGCCUAACAUUGAUCUUUGAUGCUCAAGACAUCUUGGAGGAACUCAACGAAAUUGAGAUGCAAAGCAAUGACGUAGCCAACAGUGCUGACAAAUUCCCUGAAAUCAAGAAAAAGAUCCAGAAUUUCAAGAAUCUGUUAAAGCAACACAUGCAGACUUUCCAAAAACAGAUGGCCAGAAUGUUGCCUUCUAUCCAGGGAGGAGGGCAGGAGGAAGGGACCCUGGUGGACCUCUUGAUGUCCAUCAGGGAGUCGCCCUUCAAUAGCCAAAGGCUCUGUGAAUUUCUGGACACCAAGGAAAGAGAAAUUAAUCAUGUCAACUCUUAUUUGACUAUUCUAAGUGAAGAAAAAGUUAUCUCAUCCAAGACCAAGCUGGAAAAAAUAGUUCUUGACCCACAGAAUUUAUAUGUAGUCUCCUUUAUAUUCACUUCUCUACAUAAAACAGAGCCGUUUCUGUUGAGCCUACAGGAUUGGCUUCAUGAUCAUUUGGUGCAAGAAUCCAUGAAGUCGACAAGGUCCAGUCUUGGGCAGGAGGAGGACACACCCUGGUUUGAAGACAAGGAGAGGACCCGCAAUGCUCGCCGAACUGCCAAAUCCAUCAAAGACUUUUUGAGCGUCAAUCAAUCCAAUGAGAAGGUCUGCUUUGUUGUGGCCUCUCUCCCAGAUCUGGACACACCAGGCCCUACCACGCAUCUUUAUGAAGAGGGAGAGCUGGUCACCAAGAACUUUGAGUUGCCCUCAAAACCUCUCCCUUUCCUGAUCAGUGAACUGAGACAUGACAGCAUUCAACUGAAGUUUCAACCAGCUGAACAUGGAAAGGCUUCCAUCUCCAACUAUUUGGUAGAGUACAAGGUUGCAGGAGAAGAAAACUGGAAGACCGUGAGGACAGAGGAUGCCAGGGAGAUGUUCCUGCUGAAAGAUCUGCUUCCAAACACAGAGUACCAGUUCCAGUAUGUGCUUGUUGCAAGGUAG